UCUGGACCCCUCACACCCCGCACACUUUCUUUUUCAACUGUUGCCGUCUGGUCGGCAGAAUUCUUCCUGCUUGGAUUUCCAGGACUCCAUCCACAGUAUAAUGGAGCUGUGGGGACCUUUUUACUUUUCAUCUAUCUAAUACUAGCAAGCGGAAAUAUCUUGAUCAUUUCCUUUAUUGCAUGUGAAAGAAGCCUUCAUAAACCCACGUACUUGAUCUUCUCUAACCUCGCUGUAUCCGAUCUUGCUUUUGGAACUGUCACGCUGCCUAAAGUGGCUUCCAAAUAUUUAAUCAAAGAUGAUUAUGUAGCAUUUCAUUUAUGUUUUGCUCAAAUGUACAUUGUACAUCAUUUAGGUACUGUCAAUUCCUUUUUGAUGUUAUUAAUGGCCCUGGAUCGGUUUGUUGCUAUAUGCAACCCCCUUAGAUAUCCCGCAAUUGUUACAAACCAGUCUAUUGCAUUCGCAUGUGCAGCGUUCUGGUUGAUCAUUUUAGGAUGGUUACCACUGUUUACUUAUCAAGCUGAAAAACUUUCCUUUUGUGCUUCAAAUGUUAUCAGUCAAUGUUUUUGUGAUUUCAAUUCAUUAGUUAGACUUGGGUGCGGGGAGAAAAGCGAGUUAAGGAAAAAUGCAUUUGCAAUGGCCAUGUUUACGCUUUUGGGUCCUUUAAUUUUCAUCAUAUUUUCUUACAUUGCCAUUAUCAUAUCUGUAUUUAAAAUCUCAAGCGUUCAGGCCAGAUAUAAAACAUUUUCGACAUGCAGUCCUCAGCUGUUUAUCAUAUGCCUUUACUAUUUACCCAGAUGUACUGUGUAUAUAUGUGAUUUAACUGCUGAAAUGCCUGUGGCCGUUCGGAUUAUGCUUGUUAUGUGGUACAGUCUGCUGCCUCCUGUUGUUAAUCCAAUGAUAUACUGCUUCAGAACUCAGGAAAUCAAGGCCGUUUUAAUGAAAAAAAUCAGAGCCAGAAAAGUGAACUUUAUUUUAAAAGCAUCUUCAUGCUGAAAACAUCUGUAUUUCUGUAAAGCAAACUUCGAUGUUUUCGAUACUAUGAUGUAUAAU